AAGUGCGCAUGACUGCAGAAGGUUGCGCAAACAAAGCGUCACGUGAGUGCCGGUUGUUUUUCCUGUUUUGGUUUACACAAGCACGGCGAAACAAUACAGACACUCGCGGGAAUGGCUUUACUUGUUUUAUUAUGUUUGCUUGGUCAUGUUUGGGACCUACAGGUUUCUGCUGCGCCGGUUAAUAAUGCCUUCAAACACCUGCAGAGCGCACCUAAAUUCUGGCAUAUCUCAGACCUGCACUUGGAUCCAACCUACCACAUCACAGAAGACCACAGCAAAGUCUGUUUUUCCUCAGGUAUUCCUGCAUUGGACCCAGGAGUUUUUGGUGAUUUCCUGUGUGAUUCCCCGUACCGGCUCAUUCUCUCAGCAUUCAGUUACAUGAAACAAGCAGACCUGCAGCCUGAGUUUAUUAUAUGGACAGGAGACAGCCCUCCUCACGUCCCAAAAGAAGAACUGUCCACUGAUGUAGUGAUUGAUGUUAUUGCCAAUAUGACUCACACCAUACGUCAGUUCUUCCCACAGCUGCCAGUUUAUCCUGCCCUGGGCAACCACGACUACUGGCCACAGGAUCAGUUGCCAACAUCUGCAAAUGCGAUUUACGAUGCUGUAGCCAAACUCUGGUCUCCGUGGUUGAACCCAGAAGCUGUAGCUACUUUGCAAAAAGGUGGCUUUUACUCUCUUGUGAUCAAACCUGGCCUCCGUCUGGUGAGUCUCAACACAAACCUGUACUACAGUCCUAAUCAAGUGACAGUAAAUAUGACUGACCCUGCUGGGCAGUUCCAGUGGCUGCAGGAAACACUUGAGCUGUCAAGACAAAAGCUGGAGAAGGUCUAUGUAAUUGCUCACGUCCCCAUCGGUUACCUCUAUGCUAUAAAUACAACAGCCGUCCGGGAAAGCUACAAUGAACAACUGGUCAAAAUAUUUCGCAACUACAGUGAUGUCGUUCAGGGUCAGUUCUAUGGUCACACUCAUCGAGACAGCAUAAUGGUUCUGCUGGAUCAACAAGGGAAACCUGUGAACUCUAUAUUUGUCACACCUGCUGUUACACCUAUCAAAAGUCUAUUGGAGCCAUAUUCGAACAAUCCUGGCGUCCGUGCGUAUUUGUACCACCCCGAGAAUUAUGGUUUACUGGAUAUUUGGCAGUUCUAUUUAAAUCUCACAGAAGCAAACCUGGAACAAAAAUCAGACUGGAAGCUGGAAUACAUUAUGACUGAAGCUUUUGAUAUUGAUGACAUUCAGCCCCACAGCUUGCAUGAACUUGCUCUUAGGUUCGAGCAGCCACAGAGCAAAGACUUUGACAAGUAUUUUAACCAUUUUAUGGUGAGCUACAACUUCAGCCUCACAUGUGAGGGUUUAUGCAAAACAAUUCAGGUGUGUGCUGUGCACUUUUUGGAUCAAGAAACCUACACCCAAUGUAUUGCAAAAGCAGGCAUAUAGAGUAAGCUCUUACAGUUCUAGAGUAUAUACUUGAAUUACUAACUUCAAACUUGAUCAACUCUCUAAAAAGAUGAUUUUAAACUUUAUUUGAUUUAAAAGAAAUCAGGGAACCUUAUAUUUAAAGAAUAAUAAUACUAGAGUGAAUCUCAGGAAAACAUAUCUCACUUCACCCCUAAAACCAAAAGGAGAAAACUAUUUAAAAUUCUCAUUUAUAUAAAGAAAAUGAAGCCUAAUUUAAGACCAUGAACUUUAUUUAUAUAGUUUUUGCACUGUUACUUUAUAUUUAUGACCAUUUAAGCAUGAACAUUUCCCCACAGAAAUUCCCAAAAUCAUAAUAUUUUUCUUUCAGUAAUUGCCAUUAUUCUUAAUUAUGAAAUUUAUUAUAAUUUUUUACUGUAUUGCAGUUAAACCUGUACUAAAAAGUAAUGCUGCAUUAAAUAAUUAAAAUUUAACACUAUUAUUAAAUACUUAAUUUUCUUUAUGCAAAUUAUAAUUUUUUUGCUUUUCAUUUUGGGGUGAAACAAUACUUGGUUCUUGACAGUUUUUAAUUUUAUUAGAUUUAGUUGUGAAAACUGAACUAAUUUAAAGGCACUUUAAAAUCUG